CCCACUUCUGCCCCCACUAUGUACUUUUUUACAUCCCUGCUUACGUUUGGCUGGCAUAGCCUAAUUUCCGCAUUCCCAAAUCCUCCCAGAUUGGGAUCACGUUUAAAGUCGGGCUGAUGCAACGAUUUCCACUUUUUAAAAUUUACUCUCGACCCUCGGCUGACCAGAAGAAAGGACAUUUGUUGCACCUGGGAUCAAAGUCAGCUGUGGUCACGACCGAGUCUGACGCGAUGCCAGGACAAAUCCCAGAUCCCUCUGUGACAGCGGGCUCCCUGCCCAGCCUGGGCCCACUGGCUGGGAUCUCGGCCACCACGCUGACUGACAAGCUCAAAUUCGGUGACUUCCAGGAGUUCGGUACAAUGCUGUCACCUCUGCACUUCUUGGACAGUCUGGGGAAGAGGCCCCUGGUGAUCAAAACAGAGCGAGAUGAAGAGGAAGAGAGGAGGAAACGAAGGCGAGAGAAAAACAAAGUGGCUGCAGCUCGAUGUCGAAACAAAAAGAAAGAGAGAACAGAUUAUCUACAAAAGGAAUCAGAGAGACUAGAGAUGUUAAACUCGGACCUUAAAGCCCAGAUUGAGGAGCUGAAGGUCGAACGACAGCAACUGAUCCUCAUGCUGAAUCGGCAUCGCCCCACGUGUAUUGUCAGGACGGACAGCGUCAAAACCCCAGAGAGCGAGGUGAACCCCCUGCUGCAGCAGCUGGAGGCUGCUGGAGGCCAAGUGAAGGUGUGACGACUUUCUGCAGUUUACAGCUGAGAAGAAGCAGCCAACUUACAGCACUUAGCUCUGGGCCUCGGUCAUGGAGGAGAUCCAGCCAAGUCCACAAAAUGUGGAUCCAAUAAUAUUGGACACUGUUUCGGCAGUUAAAACAAACUUCUUUUUGUCUGUCCCUCUUUCUUUCCCAUCUGUAUGUCCUGGUGGUCAUCAGAGCUCCAGCCACUAUCAGUAUGAAGGUAAACUAAAAAAAACACAUCAUCUAUUGGCACAUUGCUUCACAUUGCAUACAUGUAGUUUGUUGUUUUAUGGUGGAUUUACACUAGAUCUGUUCUUAGCUGUAGCCACCGUUUCAACAUAUUCCCAGAAGCUAAAAUAGAAUUAUUCCCUUAUUGAAAACAUCAGUGGUUAAUAUCAACUCACUGAUUUCAGCAAUUAAUUUGGCAUUUUACAAAUGACCAUAUUUAUUUGCUGAUUGAAAGGAGCAGUGUGUAAGAUUUAGGAGGAUGUAGUGACAUCCAGCAGUGAGGAUUGCAGACUGAAACCAGCUGAAACUUCUCCCGGUUUGAAUUCUUUCAGUGUUCAUCGUUCAGGAGUUUUUUUUACAAGGAGCAGAAUUACUUCAGAGGUCUCUUCCAGGUGAUGAAAACCUGAAUGAAGCAGUUUUACGUCACAAAUAAAUUCUUCUUUUAUACUGUUUAACAAAAAUUAACAGACCCGUUGACUGAGACCAUAAAAAACACAGAAUAAAGCAAUGUCACUUUGAAAAAUACGCUUUUUUUCAGACACCCAUGACUCAGAAGGGGCUGCUGCUGGUGUAAAAAUGCCUAUAUUUUAUUUCAUUUCUGCCAGUGUAUCCUCCUGAAUCCUACACACCAGACUUCAGAGUCCAAGCUAAAACUGACCCAAAUUUGGUUAAACAGCUGUAUAUUUCAUAUAACUUUUUUACAGUUACGUAUAACUGUUGUUAAAACAGCGUUUCAGUUACCAUUCCCAUGUGAGGCAGCACUGAUAUAACCUAAAACAACAGGUUUACGUGACCAGGCUAUACAUUUCUUUGAUUGCCUUUCUUUUGUUAAAAUGCAUUCUGGGAGUAAUAGGGACAUUAGAUAGGUUUAAUAGAUGAAUAAAGUUCAAUUUACUGCCCAGUAAAACAAUAAUGAAUUCUCUAUUUUUCUAAAGAAGUAAUCACACCCACACUCAGAGGCUUUUCUACUACAUCAUCUCCAUGCUCAUUUUUGCUCUUUCAUACAUUUUGUGGCAGAGUGAUUGACCCUUAUUCUUUUUUCCUAUGUUUUGGCGCAGGCGUCAUGUAUGCACAUAUAUAUAUCGAUAUAUAUGUAUAUGGACUGUUUACAUUGUACUUUAUUUUCUGUUACCAUAUUGUUACUACCAAUUAUGUUUUUGUAUACUUUUGUAUAUGAUGUUAUAUAAGCAUAUAAGCUAUCAUGAAAUCCCAUUUUGUAUUUCCUUACAAAAUAAAUGUUUAGUUGUUUUUUUUUUUUAAACUGGAUUUUUUUUUAGUCCUGUGAAAUUUAAAACAUGUCAGUCUUGUGUUAUGUAUUGGGUGAAAUUUUCAUGAACAAACUUUCCAGUAAAUGGUGCCAUCUGAUGGCCAGGAACAGCACAACCUUAUUGCCACUGAACGUAAUAACCUGUACAUAAAAAGUACAAGUACACUCUGAAAACAUAAAUCCAUUUACAGAACAGAUAAUGAACAGCCUGAUUCCACAUUCAGUAAGUCUACUAACUGUCAUUACACGUGCAUUUUCCCAUAGAUUUCCUCUCCCAUGUAGCAUUACUGACACCAUCACACCACACUUGAGUGGGAGCUAUUUAGGAUGCAAGUGGAGUUACCCCCUGCCUUACAAACCAUUUAUAAAUCACACAUUUUUUUUCCAGAACCUUAGCAAUAGAAUUGCAAAAAAAAUUAUUUAAAGAUAGAAGUCUGAGUCAGGCAUUACAGGUGAUCCUGAAGAGGGAAAGAUUUGUUUCUGUGGGUAAUUACUCAUAAAUUAUAACAAUGGAAAAACCUGGUUAAAUGGACAUAUGUCUCUUCAUUUGUACAUUUUUCUACUGUCAUGACUU